AUGGCGACGGACAACGGAAUCUCCUCCAAUGGACUCGUGUCGCAUCCAUUGGCGGAGCCACUGCACAGCCUGCCGAGUAGCAGGAAAGGCAGCGGGGAAGAAGACGUGACUGCUUCGGACAGUGCAGGGUCACCCUGCGGACCUUCGGUUAUUCCAGCGGCCUGCCAGAGCUCUAGUCCGAACGGUGACUCGCAUGACCACGGAAACACCGCCAUCGAGUUUGCAGAUGAUGGCAAGAUUGCAGUGGUUCCGAGCUGCGAUGACUUGCGCAGCUCGGGAGCUUCAGACAUUCCACGCAAGUCAGCCGAAUCUAGCCCAGUCAAACAGUCUCCUAAAAGCGCAACCCCUGCCGCGAGUCCAGGCUCGCCCACUUCAUCAACGCUUCAGGAACUUAGUUCCGGAUUACACGAUCCAGAAGGCUGUGCAACGACAACACUUGAAUCACCAACGCGGGAGGAGAGGAGUGUUGCCAGUUGA